AUGUACAAUAACCCCAAGAGACUACAGUGCGAGGCUUUGGUCAGCCAUAUUUUACUCCUCAAGCUGAAGCCAGGAGGUUAUACUCUAACGAACUACAAGAUACAUCCGUUCAGCGAUAAGGUGGUAGGCUUCAUAGCUCAACAUUUGAGACUCACUUCAGAUUCCGUUGACUCCUAUGGUGUCCAGUACAAACAAAGUUUUUUCAUGAAAUGCUUACCACAGCGAAUGAGGCUCAAAGGCAAUACGUAUUGCACAUGA